CUCGCACACUCGCGCCGCACUGUCUUUCCCCCUACGACAUUGUUACGAGCUUUGAUACCCUUCUCUCAUCACGAAGUGCCCUGUCUGCUCGUUUCCCAAGCCACCGCACCGCGAUCCUAAUUCACAAGUCAUCGGCCACCGCAUUCCUCGCACCCCUUUCCCCCGUUCCCGCGGAAUCGCGUACAGCGCAUGACAUAGCACCUGUGCGACAGUUGAGAGCCCGAAGCAAUGUUAGGCUUCCGCCCGCUCGCGGUGGCGAAGCGGAAGCUGCAUUCCUACAACCAGGUGCCCUCGCACGACCUCGAGGACGCCGACUACAACGAGAAGCGCUACGACAGCGACGACGACGACAGCUAUGUCUCCUCCGCCACAUCCUCCCCCUACUCAUCGCGAGUAUCCUCCGGCGUACACGCGCCGCGCAAGCGAUCAAUAUCACGGCCGACGGUGAGCGCAUACAGCUAUCGAAAUCCACGGGCAUUCUCUCGGUACCUCGGACUGGCAGUAGGGAGCACGCUGCUCCUAUUCAUGUUCUUUCUCCUGAAUCGAAGCUGGGCGUCGAUACGGGCAGCAGAAUUGGGACUGCACAAACAACCUCCUCCGCCGCCGGUGUGGGAGAGCUUCCCGUUCCUCAAGAGGUAUCAUGGCGGGAUCCGGACGCUGAUAAGUAGGGAGAAGAAUGCGCCAGAGUACCCGAGGAAGGAGGAUAUUGACCCAGAGAUGCCAGCCGACGAAGUCAAGAAGGAUGCGCCGAAGGAGAAGCGCAAGGAGGGUGGGAAUAUCCCGCCACCGGUGGCCUUUAAUCCCUAUCCAGACUAUAAGAGCUUGGGCUAUGUGGACACGUACGGCCCGGUGGAGACGUGCUAUCUUGACGCGAAUGAGACGGUUACCAUCCCGUCGUUACGCGUGUAUGAAGGGGUGACGGAGGGAAUGCCGGACAAUAUCAUGGGCUCAUACGAUUUGCUUGGGUUGCGCAACGAUGUCUGCUUCGAGCGCUUCGGUCGGCUAGGCCCGUACGGAAUGGGCUACUCGAAGAGGCGUGGAGGUACAGGUGCUGCCAUGGAAGGCGACCGAGAAGGCAUUGAGGAGGUCUGGGCCGAGACACCCGAAGUUGACUUUCGGGAGGUCAAGUGGGGUGAAGUUCUGGAUCGCUGCUUGGAGAAGAACAAAGGACGCUUCAAGGCCAUGCCCAGAGGCCGCAACCACUUCUUCCAAUCUAUGGCGACGAAGGGACCGGAUGCCGAAACCCUGGAGAGUGACGGAGAAGAGAAGAGAUAUCCCAAUGACACUGUCCGCGUCCAACCGAAAGCGCAAUACAACAAGCUCUUACCACGAACUGCAGUGCUCAUCAGGACGUGGACUGGGUAUAACUACGACGAUGAAGACAUCAUGUAUUUGCGCGCCCUCAUUUCGGAACUCAGCAUCGCAUCCGGUGGUGAAUACCAAGUGCAUUUCCUGAUCCACGUCAAGGACGACAACAAGCAAAUAUGGGCCGAGGAGGAAGUAUAUCAAGAGGUUCUGAAGAAUGCCCUACCGGAGGAAUUCGCGGGUAUGGGGACGCUCUGGUCCGAGCGACAGAUGGGCCUCAUCUACGGCGGCGUCGAAGACUCCAUGUACCGCAAUCUCCCCGUCCAUGGGGCGUACCGCAGUACGUACAUGCCUGUGACGUAUUUUGCCCACCAGCACCCCGAGUUCGACUACUUCUGGCACUGGGAAAUGGAUGUCCGAUACACAGGCCACUACUACCAUUUAUUCAAGCAAAUCGGCGAAUGGGCUGAUAAGCAACCCCGCAAAGGUCUCUGGGAGCGUAGCUCACGCUUCUAUGUCCCUGCUGUGCACGGCUCCUGGGAAGACUUCUCUCAGAUGGUGCGUGUUCAGACGGAGCAUGGCACUAAUAGUAAGGCGAACGCAUGGUCGUCACAUCUUCCUCCGAAUCCGCACAUGCCUGAACCUGAGACCCAGAAGCCGGAGAAACCGAUCUGGGGCCCAGAGCUUCCACUCGACUACCCCGACAUUGAGAUUGAUGACGCCGUCAAGCCGCCCACCGGCAUAACGGAAGACAAGUAUGAAUGGGGCGUUGACGAGCCCGCUGAUCUGAUCGUGCUGAACCCGCUCUUUGAUCCCGACCACACGAACUGGAUCCUCGCCGAAGACGUCACAGGUUACAAUCGCUCGCAAGGCUUUCCUCCCCGCCGAACCGCUAUUAACACUUCCGGCCGUCUCUCCCGCCGCCUCCUCGAGACUAUGCACCGCGAGCAAUCUAUCCAUCGCCAUACAAUGUUCUCCGAGAUGUGGCCCGCAUCCUGCGCCCUGCAUCACGGUCUGAAAGCCGUGUAUGCACCGCACCCUGUCUUCAUCGACCGCAAGUGGCCUGCGCAGUACCUCGCUGCCAUCUUCAACAACGGGCGGAACGGCGCAUCGGGCGGUGCUCGACUGUCGGUCUUCUCUGACGAGAGACAACAUAACUUCUUGGGAACGACGUGGUACUAUCAUGCAGGCUUCGCACCAAAUCUCUGGAAGAGAUGGCUAGGAUAUAAGGUCGAUAAUGAUGGCGGCGAAGAGGAAGAGCUGGCUGGUGAGGGACGCAUGUGUCUUCCUGCCGUGUUGUUGCAUCCGGUCAAACAGGUGGACCUGAUCCAGGAGCGGCUAGACGAUGCUGGGGAGAUUGUGGAUUAAGGGCCGAUGGAGAUGGAAUGUUGAUAACGAGCGUACGGCAUGGCGUUUUCUGGGUCCUUGCUCAUGAUCUUGGUAGCAUACGCAGCGGCAUGUCUUUAGUACCCCUUUGGGUUCAUAUUUGGUAGAUUGUAUGUAUGCUCGUGCUUGUAUAAUACAGUAUUUUGAUGCCCA